AUGAAUUUAGAGCAGAAAGAUAAAGAAAAAACCAACCUAAUUGCUAAACUGGAGCAGAAUGAUAAAGAUACUGCUUCUGAAAAUGCCGAACUUAAAGCUAGGGUUGCGAAAUUGGAACAGAAGCAAUCGCAAACCAAUGAAAAGAAUAAUUUUAUUGUUAAAUCAGAUGAUGAUGCUAAGGGAAUUGAUCAAUCUUCAGUGAUACCUGAGGUAUCGGUUUCUUCAACUUCGAUAUUCAGAAACACUGAACUUGGAAAGUCUGAAAUUUCAGCCAGGGGCCUCUGCCAAAAUACUCAUAGAAAGAAAGAUGCAGAAAACAUCGUACAAAUGAUAGCUGAUGGUAUUAAGGAUGAUGCCCAAUCGAGUGACAAAGCCACUCCUUGUGAUGUGAUUUCAAUUGAGA